CUCUCCCCCUACCCCUACCCCUCUCUCAAAAUUGUUCUAUUCCUACUUUCUUGAAUGCUUUGUGUGUCCCACUUUACACAUUACACUAAACCCCCCAAUUGCCAUUUGAAUCUCACCUAUUCAUCAUGUCAUCAAUUAUCUACUAUUACUCUUCCUUGUAUAUCUUAAUCAUUCAUUCUACUCUUCAAAAUCCAUGGCUAUUAGUCCAGCUUCAAGGCCUAUUUCUUUGACAUCAUAUUCUCCGACCUAGACUUGUUUGAGAUUGAGGCGUAAUUGUUGUUGUUGUUGUUGUUGUUGUUGUUAUAUAGAGUAUCGGAAACAAGGAGAAGGAUCAACUGGAAGCUCUCCUCUGGUUGAUAGAGAAAAUUCAAUGUCUACAGCCUUUUCGUUCCGGAAUUUUCAUUUGAACUUGCUGUUAUUCCUACUUUUAUGCAGCAAUGGUCUCUCCUCAAAUGAUUAUGAUGUUGAAGGUCAUGCUUUAAUUGAGUUGCUGAGGGCUCUGAAUGAUUCACACAAUAGAAUCAAAGAUUGGAACAUUGAUUUUGUGACUCCAUGUUUCAGUUGGUCUCAUGUUACAUGUAAAAAUGGAAAUGUCAUAUCCCUGAACUUAGCUUCUAAUGGAUUCUCAGGAACACUUUCACCCUCGAUAACCAAAUUGAAAUUUUUGGUUAGCUUGGAUUUACAGAACAAUGAUCUAUCUGGUGCCUUACCUGAUUACCUUAGCAGCAUGUCAAAUCUACAAAACUUGAAUCUUGCAAACAAUAAUUUCAAUGGCCCUAUUCCACCAGCUUGGGGUCAGCUCUACCAACUUAAAUAUUUGGUCAUGAGAGGAAAUCACAUAACUGGAACUGUUCCAAAUUCACUUAUAAACAUCACAGGCUUAAAAGAACUGGACCUGUCCUCCAAUGAUCUGACUGGAGGUAUCCCACUGCAGUUGUUUUCAAUACCAACAUACAGUUUUUCAGGAACUCAUCUUGCUUGUGGCAAUAGAUUUCAGAAACCCUGUGUUUCUAGUUCCUCUACUCCAGCUUCUAGCAGAAGACCAAAACUUGAGGUUGCUAUUGCUGGUGCAAGUUGUGGUGCAUUCCUUCUUCUCUUAGUUGGGGCUAUCAUCACAUAUCGUUGUAAUUAUAAACGUAAACUCAAACAAGAUCAAUUUUUUGAUGUGGAAGGUGACGUUGAGCGCAACAUUUCAUUAGGCCAACUAAGAAGGUUCUCAUGGCGCGAACUUCAGAUUGCAACGGACAAUUUCAGUGAAAGCAACGUUAUAGGACAAGGAGGUUUUGGUAAAGUUUACAAGGGCUAUCUUUCAGACAACACAAAAGUGGCAGUGAAAAGACUCACUGAUUACCACAAUCCUGGUGGAGAGGCUGCAUUUCUAAGGGAAGUGCAGCUGAUUAGUGUUGCAGUUCAUCGAAAUCUCCUACGUUUGAUCGGGUUCUGUACAACCUCUUCUGAGAGAAUUCUUGUUUAUCCAUUUAUGCAGAAUCUUAGUGUUGCAUAUCGGUUAAGAGAUUUAAAACCUGGAGAGAAAGCUCUGGAUUGGCCAACGAGGAGACGGAUAGCAUUUGGAGCAGCACAUGGUCUAGAGUACCUACAUGAGCAUUGUGAUCCUAAGAUCAUUCAUAGAGAUCUAAAAGCAGCAAACAUCCUCCUAGAUGAUAACUUUGAACCUGUUCUUGGAGAUUUUGGACUAGCAAAGCUAGUUGAUACAAAACUGACUCAUAUUACAACUCAAGUUCGCGGAACAAUGGGCCACAUUGCUCCAGAAUACUUGUCUACCGGAAAAUCAUCUGAGAAAACAGAUGUAUUUGGAUAUGGUAUUACACUUUUAGAACUUGUAACAGGGCAACGUGCAAUUGAUUUUUCGCGUCUUGAAGAAGAGGAAGAUGUCUUGCUACUGGAUCAUAUCAAGAAACUACUAAGAGAGAAAAGGCUAGGUGACAUUGUGGAUGGAAACAUGAAAACUUAUGAUCCCAAAGAAGUUGAGACAAUCCUUCAAGUUGCAUUGCUUUGCACCCAAAGUUCACCUGAGGAACGUCCGAAAAUGGCAGAAGUAAUCACCAUGCUAAAGGGUGUAGGUUUAGCUGAAAAAUGGGCAGAGUGGGAGCAACUUGAAGAAGUAAGAAUUCAACAAUUUUCGCUCAUGUCGCGACAGUUUAUGUGGGCUGAAGACUCAACACAUGAUCAAGAAGCUAUACAAUUGUCUCAAGCAAGAUAAACAAAAAGAAGAUGCAGAGAAAUGUAUGUAUAAGUACUUCUGCAAUAAAAUUUAAGAGUAGUUUUAGCUUCUGCUGCAGCUA